GGGCUUGGAAGGAGAGAGGGAGGGUGGCGAAGAGAGUGAGCCGGUGCCGCCGCCCGCUUGAGGAGAGAGGAGGGGUCCCACUCGCCUUGCGCCCUUCGCGGGCUGAGAGCGCGGAGCAGUCGCGAACCUCCCAGGCCUCUCGGCCCCCGGGGACCCCGCCCCGCGGCCCGACGGCCCGCGGCCUCUCUUCUCUUUGUGAGCGCCCCCUUCCCAGGGGUGGUAGUGGUGGCGGAGGGGUGCGCGUGGGCCCGCCCGCCAAGGGGCCGCGGCGGGGGACCGACAGGGCCUCGGCUGGGAGGACCGGAGGCGGCCGAGGCCCCGGUCCGGUUCCCCCGAGGCGGCGGCGGCGGCGACUCCCGGCACUUCCCCCGCGCCAUCUUAACUGAGCCGGAGCGUUAAGGGCGCCUCCUCGACCCCGGUCGUCCCCUCGUCCCCCCCUCCCUCCCCCCGGCCCCUUGUCGUAGAGCCUGGGCUGGGUGGCUGGGGGGGGGGCGGCGGUCUGUCGCCGGGCCCCCUCCUCCUCACUCCUCGCUCUCCAGCGCUGCGGCCACCGGAGCGCUCCAGGGGUCUGCGCCCGUCUGCUCUGCCCCAGACCUGCCGGCGAAGGGCCCAGGCUAGUGUAACUGUUGGUUGCUGAGGAUGACUGUAAACUCCUGAUAACUCUGUCUCCAACCUCCCAAGUGCUAGAAUUACAGGUUUCUGAACUUGUUCAUGGCUGGAUUUUUAAAAAAUAUAUUCAAGAUUUCCUGUUACGAAAUUUUAUGCCAGCGUGGCUUCAUUCAUACAGAUGAACCAAGCAUUGGGAUAGCAGUAUAAAAUUAGAAUCAGACAGCUGACUGCUCAGCAGGAUGCCAUCAACUAACAGAGCAGGCAGUCUAAAGGACCCUGAAAUUGCAGAGCUCUUCUUCAAAGAAGAUCCGGAAAAGCUCUUCACAGAUCUCAGAGAAAUCGGCCAUGGGAGCUUUGGAGCAGUAUAUUUUGCACGAGAUGUGCGUACUAAUGAAGUGGUGGCCAUCAAGAAAAUGUCUUAUAGUGGAAAGCAGUCUACUGAGAAAUGGCAGGAUAUUAUUAAGGAAGUCAAGUUUCUACAAAGAAUAAAACAUCCCAACAGUAUAGAAUACAAAGGCUGCUAUUUACGUGAACACACAGCAUGGCUUGUAAUGGAAUAUUGUUUAGGAUCUGCUUCAGAUUUAUUAGAAGUUCAUAAAAAGCCAUUACAAGAAGUGGAAAUAGCAGCAAUUACACAUGGUGCUCUCCAGGGACUAGCUUAUUUACAUUCUCAUACCAUGAUCCAUAGAGAUAUCAAAGCAGGAAAUAUCCUUCUGACAGAACCAGGCCAAGUGAAACUUGCUGACUUUGGAUCUGCUUCCAUGGCUUCCCCUGCCAAUUCUUUUGUGGGAACACCAUAUUGGAUGGCCCCAGAAGUAAUUUUAGCCAUGGAUGAAGGACAGUAUGAUGGCAAAGUUGAUGUAUGGUCUCUUGGAAUAACGUGUAUUGAAUUAGCCGAGAGGAAGCCUCCUUUAUUUAAUAUGAAUGCAAUGAGUGCCUUAUAUCACAUAGCCCAAAAUGAAUCCCCUACACUACAAUCUAAUGAAUGGUCUGAUUAUUUUCGAAACUUUGUAGAUUCUUGCCUCCAGAAAAUCCCUCAAGAUCGCCCUACAUCAGAGGAACUUUUAAAGCACAUGUUUGUUCUUCGAGAGCGCCCUGAAACAGUGUUAAUAGAUCUUAUUCAAAGGACAAAGGAUGCAGUAAGAGAGCUGGACAAUCUGCAGUAUCGAAAGAUGAAGAAACUCCUUUUCCAGGAGGCACAUAAUGGGCCAGCGGUAGAAGCACAGGAAGAAGAGGAGGAGCAAGAUCAUGGUGUUGGCCGAACAGGAACAGUGAAUAGUGUUGGAAGCAAUCAGUCUAUCCCUAGUAUGUCUAUCAGUGCCAGCAGUCAAAGCAGCAGUGUUAAUAGUCUUCCAGAUGCAUCAGAUGACAAGAGUGAGCUAGACAUGAUGGAGGGAGACCAUACAGUGAUGUCUAACAGUUCUGUCAUCCACUUAAAACCUGAGGAGGAAAAUUACCAGGAAGAAGGAGAUCCUAGAACAAGAGCAUCAGACCCACAGUCUCCCCCUCAGGUGUCUCGUCACAAGUCACAUUAUCGUAAUAGAGAACACUUUGCAACCAUACGAACAGCAUCACUGGUUACAAGACAGAUGCAAGAACAUGAGCAGGACUCUGAACUUAGAGAACAGAUGUCUGGUUAUAAGCGGAUGAGGCGACAGCAUCAAAAGCAGCUGAUGACGCUGGAAAAUAAACUGAAGGCAGAGAUGGACGAACAUCGGCUCAGAUUAGACAAAGAUCUUGAAACUCAGCGUAACAAUUUCGCUGCAGAAAUGGAGAAACUUAUUAAGAAACACCAAGCUGCUAUGGAAAAAGAGGCUAAAGUGAUGGCCAAUGAGGAGAAAAAAUUCCAGCAACACAUUCAGGCUCAACAGAAAAAAGAACUGAAUAGCUUUUUGGAGUCUCAAAAAAGAGAAUAUAAACUUCGCAAAGAGCAGCUUAAGGAGGAGCUGAAUGAAAACCAGAGCACACCUAAAAAAGAAAAGCAGGAAUGGCUUUCAAAGCAGAAGGAGAAUAUACAGCAUUUUCAGGCAGAAGAAGAAGCUAAUCUUCUUCGACGUCAAAGGCAGUAUCUAGAGCUAGAAUGUCGUCGCUUCAAAAGAAGAAUGUUACUUGGGCGACAUAACUUGGAACAGGACCUUGUCAGGGAGGAGUUAAACAAAAGGCAGACUCAAAAGGACUUGGAACAUGCAAUGCUAUUGCGACAGCAUGAAUCAAUGCAAGAACUGGAGUUUCGCCAUCUCAACACUAUUCAGAAGAUGCGCUGUGAGUUGAUCAGACUGCAGCAUCAAACUGAGCUCACUAACCAGCUAGAGUACAAUAAGAGAAGGGAACGGGAACUGAGGCGAAAACAUGUCAUGGAAGUUCGACAACAACCUAAGAGUCUGAAGUCUAAAGAACUCCAAAUAAAAAAGCAGUUUCAGGAUACCUGCAAAAUUCAAACCAGACAGUACAAAGCAUUAAGGAAUCACCUACUGGAGACUACACCAAAGAGUGAGCACAAAGCUGUUUUGAAAAGACUCAAGGAGGAACAGACUCGAAAGUUAGCCAUCUUGGCUGAGCAGUAUGAUCAUAGCAUUAAUGAAAUGCUCUCCACACAAGCUCUGCGUUUGGAUGAAGCACAGGAAGCAGAAUGCCAGGUUCUGAAGAUGCAGCUGCAGCAGGAACUGGAGCUGCUGAAUGCUUAUCAGAGCAAAAUAAAGAUGCAAGCUGAGGCCCAACAUGAUCGAGAGCUUCGAGAGCUGGAACAGAGGGUCUCCCUUCGCAGAGCGCUCUUAGAACAAAAGAUUGAAGAAGAGAUGUUGGCUUUGCAGAAUGAACGCACAGAACGAAUACGUAGCCUGCUCGAGCGUCAAGCCAGAGAAAUUGAAGCAUUUGACUCUGAAAGCAUGAGAUUAGGUUUUAGUAACAUGGUCCUUUCUAAUCUCUCCCCUGAGGCAUUCAGCCACAGCUACCCAGGAGCUUCUAGUUGGUCUCACAAUCCUACUGGGGGUCCAGGACCUCACUGGGGUCAUCCCAUGGGUGGCACACCACAAGCUUGGGGUCAUCCGAUGCAAGGUGGACCCCAACCAUGGGGUCAUCCCUCAGGGCCAAUGCAAGGGGUACCUCGAGGUAGCAGUAUGGGAGUCCGCAAUAGCCCCCAGGCUUUGAGGCGGACAGCUUCUGGGGGACGGACGGAACAGGGCAUGAGCAGAAGCACGAGUGUCACUUCACAAAUAUCCAAUGGGUCACACAUGUCUUACACAUAAUAAUUGAAAGUGGCAAUUCCUCUGGAGCUGUCUGCCAAAAGAAACUGCCUACAGACAUCAUCACAGCAGCCUCCUCACUUGGGUACUACCGUGUGGAAGCUGUGCAUAUGGUAUAUUUUAUUUGUCUUUGUAAAGCGUUAUGUUUUGUGUUUACUAAUUGGGAUGUCAUAGUAUUUGGCUGCCGGGGUUUUUGUGGUUGGCUUUUUGUUUUUGUUUAACUUUUGGAAAAUUUUUAAAGUGAUAAUAGAUAAGUAUUUCAUGUAUGUGGCAAAAAAAAAAAAUUGGCUUAAUUAGAAGGGGUAUUAUCUGAACAAUAUAAAAACAGAAUGAAGCAAGCUAAUCUGAAUCAUCACUUUAGGGUAUCCAUAGCCUAAGAAAUGUGUCAGAAGAUCUAAAGCCUUCCUUCAUAUUCCAGUUCUGUGAGUCCCUAACAGCAGGCAGCAUCCAUGCUGAAGCACAUACACCUCCGCUCCUCACCAGUGGGUUUUCUUUAUUUAUGAAUUGAUCUGAUUUCUCAACCUCAUUUGAACUAAAAAACAAGACCAUGAACAUUAAAAGAUUGCAUUUACCUUUUCAGUGGUAGAAAAUCAUUUAGUUCUUUGCUAUAAAUGAUUCAGAAUUUUGUCAGAUUUUGUAGGUUGUAUCAUCGUAAGACGGAGUUGCAUAAGGAGAUCAUAAGCUGUGUGGCUAUUGCACUAACAAGCCUGUGAGCUUUCAGAGGGGAAAAACUAGAGGGCGAGAGGGGCCCCUGAAAGUUCCUGUGACAGGGAUGCUCAGCAGGGAGGAGGGAAAGCCUGUAUAGCUAGCCUGACAUUUUGUUUCUUGUACAAUAUCUCAUGUGACCCAAACUUGAGACUCCAAACAGUACCUUUGCUUUGUUUGUACAAAAAUGAAGACCUAUAGCCAACACAAAGCAAAUGCCAGAGGUAUUGGAUGAUGCCAUAUUUGAACUGCCAUCUAUUAGCAUAUUCAUCACACUACAUAGACAUAGUUUUACUGCCCCCUUUUUAGCUCAUGGGAUUUCCUGUUUACAGGUAGCAAUAGUCAAUUAUUUAACUACUUAGUUGCCACCAGGAGUCACUGAGCCAAUGACUAUCAGCUGCUGACUAAUCUUCACACUGUAGUUAUUGCUUCAUUUACAGGUCCUCUGUGCUUAAUUGCUGUUUUUGUUGCUGUAGUACCUUAUGAAUUCUUAAUUCAUUGAGACUUAGUGACCAUCUGGGUCCAUGUUAAUAUCAUAUAAUAGCAAAUUCCUUUCAGAAGUCUCUAGCUUUAGUGCUAAAAUACUACUGAGAAAGGAACUAGGUAGUUUGGUGAAUGAAAGAAAACAAAAUUUGAAGAUAUUAUGUAGUGGUCAAGGACCACUAAUAUUUGGGGAGUGUGUUUUGUCUGUUCUUCAAUGAAGGAUCAAUCCAGUGUUCUUCAUCAAUGUUAGUUAAUAUCCCAUUGCUUGUGUGGCGCCUUGAGUUGGUGGUAGACUAGGGCAAAUGCCCUCUUUAGUGAGAGACCAGAGGUUUUGUAUAAGUUAUUGUCCUGCUCCCUUUUCAGUUGUCUUGAAGAGCUCUUGCUACUAACUUUGGGUCCUGCUUUUCAUUUAGGUAGAUGGUAAGCAUUCUCUUAAUCAUAAUUAGAACAAACUAGUGACCAAAUUGUCAUCUGCUAGUAUGGAAGUUCUUAGUUUUCUUAACCAUGCUUUAUGUCUUGUCCAGGUAUGUCAGUCCAGUUUCCAUGACGUACCCCCUUCAGAAGUUUCUGACAUUGGUUUGAGGUUUUCUGACACUAAUUAAAAGAAAAAUUAGAUCAGGGUGUGGUAGCAAAUGCCUAUAAUCCCAGCAUUUAGGAGGCAGGGAUAGGAAUCUCAGGUUCAAGGCUGCCUACAAGUGUCUCAAAAAAGAAAGAACAAAAGAAAGGUAGAUGCUAUAGUAUAGGUCCUUUGAAAAUCCAAUAGAAGGUUAAUAGUAUUCACACACAGGUCUAGGCAGGGUUUUAAACAUAUUCCCCAUCAGUUUUUAGGUUAACAUAUACUUGCUAUAGCUAAUGAAAAGGGCUUUUCUUUUUUCUUUUUCUUUCUCUUUUUUUCCUUUUUCACUCAAAAUACUAUUAAGGAGUUUCUCAGACAAAUUGAAAAUUCUAUAUGUUUUGAGGAAAUAAGGGGAAGCUUUAGAGUUUAAUAGGAUAUUCAAAACUAUAAAAGAAUAUCAUCUUAAAAAACUGUUCUGGCAACUAUCUGCUACCAGAAGGUUAGAUUGAGAAAGCAGAUCCAAUAUAUGCAAGACAUUUCUUCAAACUCCAAACUACUACCAGAAACACAUUUUAUCACCCAUUGUGAGAGUCACUUGGUCAAAUUUAGUUAAUGAGUCCAUUUUGAUCAUAAUGCACUCACACUAGUGUGUUUGAAUACUGACUGUCUGUCUGUCCAGUAAGGAUUUCUGCCCCCAUCUAAUUGUGUGGCACCCAGUUUUUCCAUGUAGGUCAUUAUACCUGGAUGAUAACAUCAAUUUAGUUACAAUGCAUGUAGUUUGCACAAUGAUUAAAAUGAAUAGGUUUGUGUUUAUAGCCUAUAAUAACUCUAGUUGAAUCAUGUACACAGCAGGAGUGGUCACAGUAAAAACUGGUAGCAGGAAAAUUUGAAAGGGUUUGAAAUGCCCUGAAAUCAGGGCAAGUACUUAAUGGGGAAAAAAAAGCAGAAAUGUCAACAUUUGACCAAAUUAACACUACCUCCUCCCCAGUUGUUGGUAUUCAUUCAUUAUAUGUGUGUUUAACAGGAUGAGAGCAUGGCGAGCUUGUAGCACACCAGAGGUUGUAGACCUAUAUCUGGUAUCCAGAACCUGACAGGGAAACAGUUCUUGGUCCCCCUUUUUUGGGGUCAGCAUUUUAAAAAUGCAAAGCCUAUAUGUUGAGACAUUGUAUUCCUAAUUAGAUUCUCUGUCCUUUGCACAUAACUUUCUUUUAAACUUAGUUCUAACCCUAAAUCUUGACAUCAGAAAGUGUUUGCACUGUAUAAACAAUGUUAGCUGAAAGCAUGUUUAUUUUUUAAGGAGCUCCUGCUCUUCUGCACAUUUCCAUAUCUAGAGAUGGAUAGUCCUGAACUUGACGUCACACCCACAGGUGAAACAGCCCGAAGUCAAGGCCUUGCUAGUAAAUGGAGCUUUGUACAUAGUCAUUGUGAUGUCUUGGCUGCCCGGACACCACGUAAACAUAACACUAAAGAAACUGUCCUGGAGAUCCCAUCCUGCUACUAAGAAGUUUUCUGUACAUCACUUCCAAACAUUGGAAACUUUCAGAUCAUAAGGCAGAAUUUAGUAAUUUUGUGCUUCUGUUAAUGUCUAGCAUUUUAAACAUAGGAUAACAUUGUUUUGGACACUGGAAUAAUAUGAUUUAUUUUCACCUGUAAAAAUGACUUCAUUGUACUUGAACACCUUUGCAUUUCUCCAUUUGUGCCAUUUACAAGUGGAAAUAAAUUUUAUUAUACCAUGAUCUACUGGCGUUUUAAAACUGUUAAAUGUGCACAUUUUGGGUAUAGCUAUUUUCACUUGUAUGUAUAUAUUGUAUAUACAUAUAAGUGUCUGUAUGUGUGUAUAGAUGGAUUGGUAUAACUCAUUCUAAACGUGUCUGCCAGGGCUCAAGUUUUAUUGUUCUUGCCCCACUCCCACCCCAUGUUACAGCAAGACUGGUCUUACAGAGUGAGUACUCUGGGUGAUGCUUACGGGAAGGAGAUUGGUAGAUGCAGUCUUUUUUUCCCCCUUAGCACUUGUAUGAGUGAGGAGAAAGUUAGGUAAAGAUUGAAACUAUAAAUUACAGUGCAGUAAACUGUGCUAGGGAAGGAAUCAGUUACUAUUUAAGUUUGUUUUACAAUGCAAUAAAAGAUACAAGCUGCAGAGAAAAGUAAACUCUGCAAAGAACACUGGUAAUAAUUGUUCUGCAAAGGUUAAGAAAGCCACUGAGUCACAGUCUUCAUGGACUUUUGGGGUUUCUUAGUGUUGGAUUUUUGGGGUUUCUCAUUUACUUUUUACUCUUAAUACUAAUGCUUAUGUGUUUCACUGAGUAUCAAAACUGCCAAGAAGGGUAACUAAGGUUCCUAAACUGUAAGAUGAGCAGGAGAUGAUCACUGGGAGAGAAAGCAUACUGGAUUGAAGGAAGGGCUGUCUCCUUUUAACUUCUUGUUGAUAGUUGCAAGUUCUUUAUGCACCUUCUACCCCUUCUGAGCCACUACUAUUCAAGCAGAGAUUUUGUCUAAUAGAACAUGCCUUUCUUGCUUUUGCUUCUUUUCUUUUGAGACAUGUACCCUUUCUGAUUGGAUAAUUGAUGUUUAGCCAAGGCUGGCCUCAAAAUACUAGUAAUCUUUCUGUAAGCCUCUCAAGUACUGGGAUUACAGGCAUGAACCACCAUGCCUAUAGCCACAGCAACCCAUUCUUUUGGAGGUUUUAUAGUUCUCCAUUUGUCUCAUGUUCCGAAUGUGAAGUGUCCUAAUGUGUAUUAAAGUCAGAAAAUAAUAUAUUUAAGGUAUACUAAGUAUGAAUCUGCUAUGAUAAAAGAAAUUCUCACUUCUCAAAUAGUCUUCUUGUAAGGAGCAUUGGGCUGUCAUCUUUGAGCUGCUUAUCAAAAUACAGAUCAUUAUUGCAUAUAUGCAAAUUCUGUUUUAUUUUAUCCCUAAUAACAGAAGUCUCCCUUCCAUGGUUUUAGCGUUGCCUUUUUAAAAAGGCACUCACCCUGAGUUGUUAAGAACUGGACCUGCCCCACCCUCAGAUUCCUUAAAGGAUGAAGAGUGUGCUGUACACUCAGCAUAUGUGCCUCUUGUAUGCAAGGACUACUGAUUGAAGUCUGUUUUGCUGUGUCUGGUUAUGUUGUCUGCACUUUUAUGAAAUCACUACAAUAGAUCUACGUUGGAAAUAACUAUCAAUUUGUAAAGAAAUUUUUAUUAAACACUGUAGAAAAAGUGAAGCUGAGAACUCUUUUGUGCAUUUAUAUUUCCUACUGAAUUCUGGUAGCCCACUUUUAACAUUGUAUUGACUUUUUUUUUUUUUUUUUGAUUAUAUUCAGAUUUCCAAACAAGUGCUGGCCUUCAGAUCAUAAGUAUAAGAAAUAUGCAUCAUAUCUGCCUAUUGCAGGCUUCUGAAACUUGCACUGCCCAUCCAUGCAAAAAUAAGUAUCUUAAAUAAAAGCAGAGAGCAAAAACUGGGGAGCCAUGUACUAUGUCACCACAUCUGUUAACUGUUUCCUGCAAUCUAAACUGAAGUGUGUGUGUGGGUGUGUGUAUGUGUAUUGGGGGUUUUGUUUUGCUUUGCUUUUAAAUAUACAAGGGGUUCUUCUUUAAAUAGAGGAAAAGGUUAAUCCUCUCCAGCAGGAUGCCCACUGGAUAUAUUAACAUCUGUAGGUAGUUGGAAGUGUAGAGAGAAGAGAAGGUAAGACUUCUCAGUGAAUGGAAGGAUGUCUUGAUGCUCAAGAGUCCCCGCCCCCAAAGUACGGGUAAUUCAGCCUGCACAGUUUCCUUUCACUCAUAGUUUCACAAUUACGAGUGAAAAAUCAUGUAAUUAUCUGUAAAUAUGUAGCUAACAAAUUGACCUAGUUUCUGUACUUUUUUGGUUUUGUACUAAAGUUUAUAGGUCUGUGCCAGCUAGAGAGGAGUUGCUGUCAUUGCUAGUCGUGCUCUAGCAUACAACCCUGAAACCAUCCUAGGUGACAUUUUAGAAUUAAUACUUAAGUGUUGUUAAAUGGGGACAUGGAGCUUAAUCAUUGGUCAGGUUUGAAGUCUUUUGAAGCUAAGUAAUUUUAUUUAAUAUGAUUACAUGUCGUCAGUCAUGAGUGAGGUGUAGGGAGUCUCCCUCCCCAAGUGGCCAUGUUUACAGAGUGUUGUCUACAAAGUGCAAGUGUGUUAAUGUUUAUGUAAAUUAUGCAGGUGAUAACUUUAUGGUUUGGGACUGUUUAUGGGCUCUUUUAAGUGAAUUUUCAAAUGAAAUGAACUAUGCUUAUUGCUGGCACAUUGAUCCCAUUUCUGGAACAUUUCCUACUUCCAGAAUUCCGUAUGUUCCUUAGACAUUACCCCCACUUAACCUCCCUUCCUCUGAUAUGCCUUGUAGCUAAGAUUUAAAAGACUGUUGAACAUAGAUGAGGGGUAUGCAUUUCUUAAAAAUCCAUGAACCCUCAAUUGUAUGCUUUCAGUAUUGUGUUAUAUGUUUCUAUGGCAACUUUGAAGUCAGUGGUUUAGAAAUGAGAUACCAAUGUUAAUGAAAAGUAUGUACUCUUUGCUUUUGCAUGGCUUGGCUUAGUAUCCAAGGUAUAUUAGAGCCACUUGAAAGCAUGAAGACCAGUUAUAUGGAAACAGGUUUCUCUCAGUGGCACAUUUUGCUUUUUCUUAGCCCUCAAAUACAUUGCCUCGGCAUGAACAUUAUUGUUAAUAUAAAUUGCACAUGGUCAUCGAGUGAAUUAUAAAAUUUUGAAAAGAUGCAGCUGCCCAAUAUUAACAGUUUUAGUUGGUCUCUAUCUCAAAUAACAGUGUAGGUAUUGGAACCCUUGUAGCCCUUUUGGGGGUCAAACAGGUAUAUGGAUUUAUCAAGGAGGGCAUUGGCUGCCCCUGGGGUAUUGCCACGCUGUUGUCUUGCUGCCCAUUCACUCCAUGUGCUGCUGUCCUUCCUUCACUUCAUACUCUCAAAGAAACCAUCACCCUUUCUUCCUAUUUUUUUUUGUCUUUUAUUCCACAUUAAAUGGGAAUUGUGCCUAUUUAGAUUGCCCCUCCAGUUAAAUACACAUGUAAUCCAAGCCAGAGAUAAGAUGGAAGAACAUUUUUUUUUCAAGUUCACUUGGCCAGUAACUUAUCUAACAAACUGUUUUACCACACUAUCUUGACACUUGAUAGAAGAGCCUAUUAGGAGUCACAGUGGUUUCGUAGAGUAAAACCCAAGUGAGGAGGGAUGUGUGGGGUUUCCAUUAGGAAAUAAUUUCGUUCUUGGUUUACUCUUUAAGAUCCUUCUCUGCUAGUUUAGAAUAGGUUAAUUUUUUUUUAAUUUUUUUAGGGAAAUUUUUACAAAAAUAAUGGUCUGAUGUAAAUACCAUUUUAAAGUACAGUGCACAUAACUCCCUAGGCUGUUCCAACCUGACUAUUUGUAAAUGCUUUAGAGUUUUAAAUUAACACUUCUGUUGCUAAAUACUAUUUAUGUAAGUCUGAAAAGGUUUUUAACCCAUAUAAAACAUUUAAAUAAUGCAGGUUAUUAUGAGCAAGUUAGCUUUGAGAACCCUCCUUUUAGUAUAUGAAAAAGCCUAAUGCGCAUUCAUGAGGUUGGAGAGACUAUGAGAAAUAUGUAUAGUGUAUAUUUUAAACAGCUUUGCUUGUAUUGUGAAGAUUUAAGAACAAACUUGAGAUUUUUAAAGUUAACUAUUAACACAGUUUUAACAUAAGUUAUCCCACUGGGUUUAAAAGCAUCUUGAAUGUAUAACCCUUCUGUAACCCAGGCUGGUCUUUGCUUUUACUGAACAUCCAAACGUUAUUUAUAUUUUAAUUUUAUGUACUCAUUUCUUUUUGUUUUCCUCAAACAGCAUGUUGUUGUUGGGGUGUUUUGUUUUGUUUUUGUUUGUUUUGGGUUUUUUUUUUUUUUUGCACAUGUAGAAAUUUUUUAAAAGAAGGAAAUUAAGACAUGAUUUUUCUCUAGAUUUUCUUCACUUCAGUCUUUCUACUAACCUCGUAAAAACCAUGGCUUCCAUUUGCUUUAUUUGUGCAAAUGCCAGGGUUGGUUUUUAUUUUUAUUUUUGCUAUUUACCUAAAAAGAAAAAGAGACAAUGCUUCAGUCAACUGCUUUUUUAUUUAAAAUUUAAAGAAAAAAAAAAGAAAAAAAAAGCUGUAACCUUAUCAUUUCUGAGUAGACCAUUAAGAGAAAUGCACACCUGUCAGCCCAGGACCAGCUUUGGUGGCUAAAGGGAAUAUUUUAACUCGCAAGGUGAUGUUCUGUACAAAACGUGGUAUAUGUUACCCACAGUCCAUUUCAGUUAUUCCCACAAGUCAGGUCCAGAUAAAUGAGGGUUAUCAGCUAACUGAUAUGUUAUCAUUGAGGUUCGUCAAUGAAUUUGUACAUUUCUAGUUCCCUUUGGUGAAGGGAAAAAUGAUUUUGCAAGACCUAGAUUUUGGCUUGGUUUCUUGCCUCCUUUUUUGGCAGCCUUCAUCUUUUCCUAAAGCCCUUGAGCCUGUAGGGUUUUCAUAGUGGACAAAGGACUUAAAUGGUCUUUUAAAACUGGGAUAGUUUUUGGGGAAAGGGCAAAAGAUUAUCAUAUUGAACAUGUAGUAUCCCAAUACUCUCAACAGUGGAUAAUUAUGAGUAAACCCGGUCCUUUCGAUGUUUAGAGUAAGCAGAGGCCCACAGUGGAGGCUUACCAAAGGUUGCAAUGAGGAAGAGGCCUCUCCCUCACUGUCAGCACCAGCUGGUAAAGGUGACUGUGCAGAUGUGCAUUUUCCUUUUGGUAGAAAUGGUCCACAGCACUAACUGGUAAGGCUUAUUGUACAGUAUAUUGUCAGUAUUCUUCUGGUUCAGCAUACCUUAUAGUUCGUAUAUAACCUGUAUUAAUUGUAUAGAUUGUGCAUUUAAAGCUGUUACCAAGUUGUCAGAACCCUAAGAAUGAAAACAGGUCAUAUGUAAUAUUUUGUUUGUAAGUAUCCUUUGUAUCAUAGCAAAGGAAAUGUUUAAAAGAUCAACUGUAAUAAAAGUAAUUUUAGUACACAG